GACACUCCAUUUAUUCACCUUUUAAUUUAGUUUGAGUGGAGAGAGCAUGAAAAAAAUGUGAAUAAUGCAAAUUCAGAUAUUUAUUCACCCGAGAAUAAUCAUGAGUGGGACAACGCUCCAAGUCGCUGGAAGUUAGAAUCAUUGAAAAGCCAACCACUUCAUCUUACAAACACAAAUUUUUUUACUGCAAUUCAUCAUCACCAAAACAAACCAUGUCUUGUUCCUUCAAAUGUUUCCAUUUUUCCAUCAUCAUAUUCAUGUUACAUGUCUUUACUACAACACAAAUUUCAUCAUCAACAGAUGAUUCUUCAUUCAACAAUUUUCUUGACAGUGCCAAGAGUUCUGAGGUUUUUGAUUGGAUGAUCAAUAUCAGAAGGAAAAUUCAUGAGAAUCCUGAAUUGGGUUAUCAAGAAUUUGAAACAAGUGAACUGAUAAGAUCAGAAUUAGAUAAAAUGGACAUACCUUAUAAACAUCCAGUUGCAAUCACUGGUGUCAUUGGUUUCAUAGGAACUGGAUCCUCUCCUUUUGUUGCUUUAAGAGCUGACAUGGAUGCUCUUCCUAUGCAGGAAAUGGUGGAGUGGGAGCAUAAGAGUAAAGUAGCCGGAAAGAUGCACGCGUGUGGUCAUGAUGCUCAUGUUACCAUGGUACUUGGUGCUGCAAAGAUUCUUAAACAGCAUGAAAAAGAGAUACAGGGAACUGUUGUUCUUGUUUUCCAACCAGCAGAGGAAGGAGGUGGAGGGGCUAAGAAAAUUUUAGACACUGGAGCAUUAGAAAAUGUUACCGCUAUAUUUGGACUACAUAUUGCUCCUGACUUACCAAUAGGUGAAGUGGCCUCUAAGUCUGGUCCAAUAUUGGCUGGAAGUGGCUUCUUUGAAGCAAAAAUAAGUGGAAAGGGUGGUCAUGCAGCUAUUCCUCAACAGUCUAUCGACCCUAUAUUGGCAGCUUCCAAUGUCAUUCUUAGUUUACAACACCUUGUUUCUCGCGAGGCUGAUCCUUUAGACUCACAGGUUGUGACGAUUGGAAAGUGCCAAGGAGGUAGUGCAUACAAUGUUAUUCCAGAUUCUGUCACAAUUGGUGGCACCUUCCGAGCCUUUUCUAAACAAAGCUUCAACCAACUGAAACAGCGGAUUGAGCAGGUUAUCAUCGGGCAAGUUGCUGUGCAAAGGUGCAAUGCAACUGUGGACUUCCUUGAUGAAGUGAAACCUUUCUAUCCUCCAACUAUAAACAAUGGCGACUUGCAUGAACAUUUUGUGAAUGUGGCAGUGAAUAUGCUAGGUAUCAAUAAAGUCGAAAGUGCCAUGUCUCCAUUCAUGGGAGCUGAAGACUUUUCAUUCUAUCAAGAGGUCAUACCUGGUUACUUUUUCUUCCUUGGAAUGAAGAAUGCCGAACAUGAACGGUUUGUGCCAUCAUUACACUCACCUUAUCUCAAAAUCAAUGAAGAUGGACUCCCUUACGGAGCUGCACUUCAUGCAUCAUUAGCAGCUAGUUAUCUUCUAAAACAUCAGCAGGAUAUUGUACCUGGUGUUGAGAAAAAAUAUCGCGAUGAAUUAUAAAUGUUAAUAAUCAUUAGCCAUAUAUAAGUUAGAGUUUCUCUUCGUCCAUUAAUAAGCACCUUAUCUUUCUCCAUUUUUGUGGAUGUUUUUCUUAUUCUCUCUAAUUUAUUAAUUUCAAAUAUAGUUGUCGAUCUAACUUAAUGCUCACAUUCCUUUUUACUGUC